AUGGGGCCUGUGUUGGUGCACCCAUUAGCCCUGCCUGUGCUGACUCUUCUGGGGCUCGUUAUCAGAGCGGGGAGCCUCAACCCGGAUGACCCCAACGUCUGCAGUCACUGGGAGAGCUACGCCGUGACUGUUCAGGAAUCCUACGCUCAUGCCUUCGAUCAGAUUUAUUAUACCAGAUGCACAGACAUCCUCAACUGGUUCAAGUGCACGAGACACAGAAUUAGCUAUAAGACUGCUUAUCGGCGGGGCGUUAGGACCAUGUACCGCCGUCGGUCCCAGUGCUGCCCGGGUUACUUUGAGAGCGGAGACUUGUGUGUCCCGCUGUGUACAGAGGAAUGUGCUCAUGGCCGCUGUGUGUCUCCUGAUACAUGUCAGUGUGAGCCAGGCUGGGGAGGUCUAGACUGUUCCAGUGGCUGUGAGAGCGGAUACUGGGGACCCCAUUGUAGUAACCGAUGCCAGUGCCAGAACGGAGCCCUCUGCAACCCCAUCACGGGCGCCUGCGUCUGCACCGACGGCUACCAGGGCUGGCGCUGUGAGGACCAGUGUGAGCCCGGGUACUAUGGGAAGGGCUGCCAGUUACAGUGCCAGUGUCUGAACGGUGCCACAUGUCACCACGAGACCGGGGAGUGUAUCUGUGCGCCAGGCUACACAGGGGCAUUUUGCGGGGAACGCUGUCCCACGGGCAGUCACGGUCCACAGUGUGAGCAGAGGUGUCCUUGUCAGAACGGAGGGACCUGCCACCACAUCACAGGAGAGUGCUCCUGCCCAGCCGGAUGGACGGGGUCCGUGUGCGCGCAGCCCUGUCCGUUUGGCAAAUACGGCAUCAACUGCAGCAAAGACUGCUCCUGCCGGAACGGCGGACUCUGCGACCACAUCACAGGCCAGUGCGAGUGUAUGGCAGGGUACAGCGGACGCAGGUGCCAGGAGGAAUGCCCGGUGGGAACCUACGGCCCUCAGUGCGCCCUCAGAUGCGACUGCCAGAACGGAGCCAAGUGUUACCAUAUCAACGGGGCGUGUCUGUGUGACACGGGCUUCAAAGGGCCUCACUGCCAGGACCGGUUCUGUCCGCCAGGACUCUACGGACUCAUCUGUGACAAAUAUUGUCCAUGUAAUGCCACCAACACACUCAGCUGCCACCCUCUGUCAGGUGAAUGCUCUUGCGCAGCGGGGUGGACAGGGCUGUACUGUAAUGAGACUUGCCCGCCCGGUUACUAUGGUGAGAGCUGCAGUCAGCCGUGCAACUGCGCCAAUGGGGCAGACUGCCACGGGGUCACCGGUGCCUGUGUCUGCGCCCCUGGCUUCACGGGAGAUGACUGUUCUUUAACCUGUCCUCCUGGACUGUAUGGAACAAACUGCUCAUCCACCUGUAAUUGCCACAACCAAGCUACCUGCUCUCCUGUCGACGGCUCGUGUUUCUGCACUGAAGGUUGGCAGGGAGUAGACUGUUCAAUCCUCUGCUCCAGUGGUACGUGGGGCCUGGGCUGUAACCAGACGUGUGUGUGUGCCAACGGCGCUGCAUGUGACCCCAUGGAUGGGACCUGUACCUGUUCGCCCGGCUGGAGGGGGGACCGAUGCCAUCUUCCCUGUCCUGAUGGAAGGUAUGGACUGGAGUGUCGCGAACGUUGUGAUUGUAACCAUGCCGACGGCUGUGAUCCAGUUAGCGGAUACUGUCGCUGCUUAGCUGGGUGGACAGGGAUUCACUGUGACAACGUUUGCCCUCAAGGUUUUUGGGGACCUAACUGCUCUUCGUCCUGCUCCUGCCAAAACGGCGGUUCCUGCUCACCUGAGGAUGGUACCUGUGUGUGUGCCCCCGGCUACCGUGGGACCUCCUGCAAGAGAAUCUGCUCUCCUGGGUUCUAUGGGCACCGUUGCAGCCAGACAUGCCCACAGUGUGUGCACAGUACCGGACCGUGCCACCACGUCACAGGUCACUGUGAGUGCCUGCCCGGCUUCUCUGGCCCUCUGUGUAACCAAGUGUGCCCCAGUGGCAGAUUUGGCAAGGCCUGCGCUGAGGUGUGCAUGUGCACCAAUAAUGGUACAUGUAACCCCAUUGACGGAUCCUGCCAGUGCUACCCAGGCUGGAUCGGCGACGACUGCUCUCAGGCAUGUUCCUCUGGGCACUGGGGCCCUGAUUGCCUGAACUCUUGUAACUGUCACAACGGAGCCCAGUGUAGUGCCUACGACGGAGAGUGCAGGUGCAGUCCCGGCUGGACAGGCCUCUACUGCACACAGCGCUGUCCGUCAGGGUUUUAUGGGCGGGACUGUGCUGAGGUGUGUCGCUGUCAGAACGGUGCAGACUGUGAUCACAUCACUGGUCAGUGUGCCUGUCGAACAGGCUUCAUCGGCACCAGCUGUGAACAGAAGUGUCCUCCUGGGACGUUUGGUUAUGGCUGUCAGCAGCUGUGUGAGUGCAUGAACAAUGCCACCUGUGAUUAUGUGACUGGAACAUGUUACUGCAGUCCAGGCUACAAAGGCAUCCGCUGUGACCAGGCUGCCCUGAUGAUGGAGGAGCUAAACCCCUACACUAAAAUCAGCCCUGCCCUGAGCUCUGAGAGACACUCUGCCGGCGCUGUCAUGGGCAUCAUCUUCCUCCUCCUCAUCAUCAUGGCCAUGCUGAGUCUGUUUGUGUGGUACCGACAGAAACAGAGGGAUAAGGGUCAGGACAUGCCCAGUGUCUCCUACACACCAGCCCUGCGCAUCACUAACACAGACUUCUCCAUCUCUGACACGUCUCAGAGUAGCAGCAGUGGCCAGUGCUUCUCCAACCCGAGUUACCACACUGUGGCCCAGUGCACUGUCCCUUCAUCCAUCAGUAAUAACCUGGAUGGCACUUUGACUCUGAAGAAGGGAGACAGGAAUAGCUCAGAGUGGAGAGCGUACUGCAAUCUUAAUGACUUAGGUGUAUCAAGAGGCGACACAUUAACUCUACGGGAUAACAAAACAACCAGAGUCUCUAAAGAUUACGUCAAGGCGUCGAUGUGCAGCACCAGUUCCUGUUCCCUGAACAGUGAAAACCCUUAUGCCACCAUCAGAGACCCCCCAAGCCUGACAUGUAAACACACUGAGAGCAGCUACGUAGAGAUGAAGUCUCCCACACAUCGGGACCUGUCCUUCUGCACCACCUCAGGCUCCACCCUCCCCACGGCCAGCAGGAACGUGUAUGAAGUCGAGCCAACAGUGAGUGUUCUCCAGGGACCCAACGGACUGGCGACAGGUUUUUCCCAGAAUCCAUACGACCUUCCUCGGAACAGUCACAUUCCCAGUCAUUACGACAUACUUCCCAUGCGUCACAGCCCCACACAUACCCCGCCCCCCCCCUGA